AUGGCAUCUGCAGACAACCUCAUCCAGGCCCUCCAAGGCCUUGACGCAAACUCCUUCGCCAAUGAAGCCGAGCGCGUUCGUGCUCUCGACGCCCUUGCCCUGGCUACAAGCAAAGUCCAGAAGCCUUGGGAUACAGUCUGGCAGCACUGCUGGGUGAAUCCCGCCACCAAUGCUUGUGCCAAAACCUUGAUCGAUGCUGGUGUUUUUAGCAAGUGGCUUGAGACUGGUGGUCAGGACAAGACAUGUGCCGAGUUGGCUGAGAUGACAAACACUGACCCAGUGCUGAUCCGCCGUAUGAUGCGACAGAUCUCUGGCCAGAAUCUUGUUAUCGAGACGGCUGAGGAUACCUAUAGGCCUACAGCCUGGGUGCACGCCAUAGUUGCCGAUCCAGCCCUGGCCAACGUUUACGGUGGUCUCUAUGACUUUGUUAACGCUCCCAUGUUCAGGACACUGCCAUUCUAUCUUAAGAAAACUGGCUACAAGAACCCCACUGACCCUAACGAUUGCAACUGGCAGUUCAUGAAGAGUAAGCAGGAGAAUCUGUUCCAGUCUCUUGGUGCCGACCCUGUUGCUGCGAGAGAGUUCAAUGAUGCUAUGGAGAGCCACUCCAAGUAUAACCUUACCCCAUGGGUUGAGGUAUACCCCACUGAGACACUGGUCACAGACUCCAAGCCUGAUCGGCCAUUGGUAGUUGAUGUUGGUGGCAGCAAGGGUCAUGACUUGACAAAGUUCCACCUUUGCCAUCCUGAUAUCCCCCAUGGUAGCUUAGUCUUGCAAGACCUGCCUGACAUCCUUAAAGAGCUUACCAUUGCCGACACUAUCUCUGUUCAUCCUCAUGACUUCUUCAAACCUCAACCUGUCAAAGGUGCUCGUGCUUACUUUAUGCAUAACGUCUUGCACGACUGGGAAGACAAGCAAGCUCGGGAGAUACUGAAGCAUCUUGCUGAUGCCAUGGAGCCUGGGUAUUCCAAGCUUCUUAUUCAUGAGAGCUUGGUCAGUACUGUGAAGCCUCUUGCUCGUGUCACAACGUCUGAUAUCACCAUGAUGGCUUGCCUUGGUGCCAAGGAGAGAACCGAGAUUGAGUGGCGGACGUUAGUUGAGAGUGUUGGAUUGAAGGUCCUAAAGAUUUGGAGACCACUCCAGUCAGUGGAAAGUGUUAUUGAGGCAGAGCUUGCUUAA